AUGGCCACACCUUCUCCGUCACAUCAGAGCAGCCGCUCAUCGACUGGUGCGCCCUCGCAGCAAUCGACGCUGGUAACUAAUGCCGCAUCCACGCAACCUUCAUCUUCAACUAUAGCUUGGAGCCCUUCUUCAACGCCGAACUCUACGCUAGGCCCCGCGGCUGCUAGUGAAACCGCUUUUGAAAGGGCGGCUCGGAAGCAACAUUCUUCAAGCAGCAGCAAUGUAAGCCUAUCUGUACCAAGCGGUACUGUCCCACCUGCUGGGAGUGCGUCAUUCCUGGGAGUCGGUAUAUCUUCGGGUCCCAAUGUUUCUUCUUCGUCUACCAAGCCUUCGAACAGUAAGGUAUUGAACGCUCUCAGAAAGUUUAAGGCACGCCUCUCGGGGCCCGAACUCACUGCCUUCCGAGGCACCACAGUCAAUGAUUUACAUCGAGACAUGAGACGCUUACAAGCAGAGCAAGAGAAACGUAGAGACAUGGUGAACAUGCGACGCAUACAGGGGUGCAUUGAGGCCAUGGAUCAGUUUGGAAAAGUUAUCGAGGUGUUCUUGAAUGUGUCAGAGGCUGUCGCGUUCGUUUGGGGACCUAUGAAGUUUUUACUUCUAACUGCCAGCGCGUUUGUUGAGCACUUUGAAACUCUUCUAGAAGCUUAUGAGAAGAUAGGAGACCAUAUGCCCCUGCUGAGACAAUAUGAGAAACUCUUCAGCCAUGACGAUCAACUGAAAGGGGCAUUGGAACUCAUGUAUGUCGACAUUUUGGACUUCCACGAGAGUGCAGUUCACUUCUUUCGAGGCAAAGCUUGGAAUCGAUUUUUCCGGUCCAUGUGGAAAAAUUUCGAUACCAAGUUUGGAGGCAUCUUAAAAAACCUCGGCCGACACAAGGACUUUGUAGAAAACUGUGCGCAGUUGGCACAGUACGAAUUAUACCAGAGCAAUCUCGUUGACAUGCGGACGGCUAGCUCAAACCGCUUUCAACAAUACCAACAAAACGUUGUCGAGAUGAAUAUAAAGCUAGAUGAACUCGUCGCUGAACAGCAACUCGAGAAGAUGAAGGCUUUGGUUGAGUGGCUAGCUGUUGGGCAGCAGGCACAAGAAGACCACGAUGAGUAUCAAAAAAUCAGGUCAAGAUAUAAAAGCACAGUCCACUGGAUUCUGAGCAAUGAGCAUAUCAAACAUUGGGCGGAGGCUAACAUUCCCGCUAAGCCAGUAAUGUGGAUGAAUGGUAUUCCCGGCGCAGGUAAAACGAUACUUGCGUCUGCCAUCAUCGACAGAUGCAAAAGCAUGGUCAACUAUGCGACAGCUUUCUACUACUGCCACGACAUCGAUCAAACAAGCAGUUCGGCGGUAGGAAUACUCAAAGGAAUCAUAGCGCAGCUUCUCAGCCAAGACCCACAACUUUUCCCCCCAUGCCAUUCAAGGUACAAAUCCAGUGGGGAACCGGUUCUGCGGUCACUCAGUCAGGCUACACGACUCCUCGAUGACAUAUGCACCAUUCUUCCAAAAACUUUCAUUAUCAUUGACGGCCUCGAUGAAUGUGAACAAUGCGAGAGAAAACAAGUCAUGAACGUCCUGAUGGAGAUGGUGACUCAGUGCGAAAAGGCUGAACCUGGGAAGCUCCGCCUUCUUGUCGUCAGUCAGAACUAUGCAGACAUUAAACGAGGACUAUGCAACCCUUCUCAGUCCAGGCCGGUAGCUCACAUUCUCCAGCUAUCUGAAACGGACAUUGAAAGCGACAUCAACAUGUACGUGAAGAUUGAGGUAGGACGAAUAGCAACAAAAUUUUCUCCGUUCAACGAAGACAUGAUACAAUAUCUUCAGUACUUGACAGUACACAACGCGAAAGGGAUGUUCCUUUACGCGAAACUUGUCCUAGAGAACCUUUUUGCGCAGCCUACGCGAGAAGACCUACUGAAAGGCAUACAACGUGACACUUUUCCAAUUGGACUCAAAGGAGCAUAUGAGCGAAUACUGCGAUGUAUGAAGCAAGUCUCAGCGCCCGAAGAAUGGGAAAAGGCUAAAAAGCUUCUUGGCUGGAUCAUCUGUGCCAAACGACGCCUAACGUGGAAGGAAAUCCAGGUUGCAUUGUCUAUCGACGUCGACAACGAAACGAUUGAGUAUAAUGAUCGUCGUCUUCGUAGACACAUUCACGAAAUUUGCGGAUCUCUGGUCUUGCUAAAUGGAGAUCGUGUGUCUCUUGUGCACAGUACGGCAAAGACCUAUGUCACGACAGUCAUGAAAGACGUCCACUCACCUUCCAUCGAAUGCGAGCUAGCUACGCUUUGCUUGCGUUACUUAACCUUCCCAUGUUUCGAUGUCAGUGCAAUCAGCGACCAGCAGGAACUUAAAGAAUUAGCGCUAGAAGGCCAUCUUACAUUCCAGGACUAUGCAGUUGCGAAAUGGUUCCACCACGUCAACGCUUUUGUUAGCAGUGGCCCUAAAUUCAUGCAAGAAUCGCCAAGCCGCGACACAUACCUCGAUAACAUGAAUACAGCUCUGGAAGACUUCAUGUUGAGAUACGGUGACGCAAACUGGGGUCAAAAUAUAGUGGAAGAUUGCAGAACAAAUUGUAGCGCCUUUCAAGGACUACCUGUGCAUGACAGACUGAUGGAACUGACAAGCCACAUUUUCACUUUCCAGCAGAGAGGGUUUGAUGCCAGACACGACGUCAGUAUCAAAAGUUUGGCUGCAGCACUUGAGCGGAAUCGCAAGUUGCUUGAGGAGCUCCCUUCCUCGAAGAUGUUCGACAACGACGAUCUGGUCAGGUACUGCCAGUUUUACGACCACGAGAGAGUCUUCAAGUGCACCAAGAUUACCUGUCGCUACUUCUCGGAAGGUUUCAAAGAUGCAAAAGCUAGGAAAAAGCAUGUCAACAUUCACGAGCGUCCGUUUCAUUGUGAAGUGCCAGAUUGCCUAGGAGGAGAGGGUUUUUUAAACGCGGGCGAUCUUCAGAGACAUCUGCGAGCAUUCCACCCCGAGAUGAGUGAUCUUGCAGAAACUUUUAACUCCGUUACAAAGCCACGUGCAAAGACCGACCAUGCCUGUGCUAUCUGCGGAAAGACGUUCACUCGCAGUUUUGCCCGUCGCAACCACGAGAACAGCCACAGGGGCGUAAGGCCUCACGAAUGUCCCGAAUGCGGGAAAGCAUUUACGCGGGCCAACGAUUUGGUGAGGCACCAGAAACUUCACGAGCGAGCAUGA